AUGUCUAUCUCAUCGGUGUUUGGCUCAAAACCUGUACUUCCUUCAAACAAAAGGUACCUCAUUCUUGAAGACCGAAUCACUUGGUUGGAGGAGAACUUGGUAGGUCAGGGGUGGGAUAUCACACGCUUCAUCGACUCUGCGAUUCUAAUCUGUCUCUCCACUGCUUGUCGUACAGCAACUUACUUCCCAUUUAUUUUGGCUGACUCAAACUUGCACGGAAUAGACUUGUUCAAAGACAUUUGCUUUGUCGACGUCAAGCUUUGUUGUGCUGAGGAUUCAGCGUCUCUUAUCCAGCCAGUUUUCAAGAAAGGGAGGCUAAGUUAA